AGUAGUUGGUGAAGUUGGCGUGGUGGUACUCCGAUGCCGCCACCACGUGGCCCUCGAGCUCCACCUCCUAGAGGUGGCAGAUGUCAUCGACGACGAUGAUGUUGGUAGAUGACUCGGCGGACCUCGGGUGGGAGGAUGUCAGCCAGGUAGAUGCGCGCGUAGUUGAGCGACUGGUCCAGGGCUUGGCGGACGACUUAGAGAUGCGGCUGCGCACACAGUGGGAGUCGAAGCGGUACAUGCGGAAGUCGAGAUAGGGGAAGGCGGUGCGGAUGCGUUCCGCGGGGACAGACGCGGGCAUGCUCGACAGGCGACGGAUGACAUCGACGUGGAUGCUGGAGGCGCAGUCUGCAAGGAGUAGGACGAGUGCCAAGGGCAGGAGGCCUUGGAAGUGGUGACGAAAGGAGGAAGCCAUCCUGCCACAGCCGAGAGAGGAAGUGGUAGGAAUUGAAGGUGGCGUUGGAGGCGAAGGAGAAGACGAAGGGGUUAAAGGAGGGAGGGCAGGCGAUAAGUACGGGUGAGCUGGGAAAGCUGUCAAUGGAAACGGGACGGAGGGUGAGACGCACGGGAGGAAGACCCAUCGACGACAUAUUACUGUGACGUGUGAUGCUGCUAUCUACGUGGGGGUGGGGGAGGGGAAGGCGCGUUGAGGUUAUCGAGGCGGUUAGAGGAAGGAGUCGGGUUCGGCUCGAUUUGAUCCGGAUGCGGACCCGACACAAUUUUCCAAAAACCCACUAAGAAAUUAUUUCUUAAGGGUAUUUUAUUCAGCAGGCAAUCCGUUUCCGGUGAUCAGCACCUUCGGAUCCCCUCCGUCUCAAACCAUACCUCUCCGUUAUUGGACGUUUCCGUUACGUUAUGCGUUGAACCGUAUCAUCUUCGUCCUCGGCGUCUCUGUUUCUCUUCGCCCUUCUCUCUCCUCGUGUUGUGCCCUAACUAUAGCGCGAAGAAGCACUCUCCGCCAUGGAUUUCCUCAAGACGGUCUUCUCCGCCGAUCCUGAGCCCUCCCAGCCGCAUGAUAACGACUAUCGAGGAGGAGAGGGCGGCGGCGCUUCGGAGUGGAGCUUCGGUGGUUUCAUCAAGACCUUGGCCUCCAGGUCGGAGUCGGUCAUCCAGACCUACCGUCGCGACCUCGUGGAGUUCGGCACCUGCCUGAAGAAGGAGACGGAGGCAGUCGGGAAGGCUGCCGCGCGCGCCGUCCGCGACCUCGAUGGCUCGGUGUGGCGGGGAACCGGCAAAGAAGCGGUGGAGACUGGAGAGGACUCCGGGUCAACCAACACCGUCAGCUCUUCCCGGCGGUACAGCCGAUUCGACGUGGAGCUGCUUACAGUACAGUCAGAGGUGCGUACCUUCUCGGAAGACCCGGAGGAGGCCGAGGACUUCAGCAAGUGGAGAUCCGAAUUCGAUUUGGUUGAGAAGGAGGAGGAGAUCGAGAAUCUUUGCCGUGAGAAUGGAGCUUUGCUUAGGCUUUUGAACAAGCUGGUGCCUGGUGUUGUGGAGUACGAGACAUUCUGGUUCCGGUACUACUACCGGGUGCGUAAGCUGAAGCAGGCAGAGGACGCCAGAGCAAAGCUUGUGAGGAGGAGGAUUCGGAGAGAGGAGGAGUUGGAGGAGCUGAGCUGGGAGGUUGAUGAUGAUGACGAGGGUGACGAGGAAGAACUUGAGACGGAAGAAAACAAAGAAGAAAAGAAAGACAGGGAAGCGAAGUCGACCUGCAAGUCGGAUGAAGCUGUGGUGGCUGAAGGGUCAUGCAAGGACGGUGAGUUCUUAAUCAUCUCGACGCAGAAUUCUGUGUCAGAGGAAGAUGAUCUCGGGUGGGAUGAGAUUGAGGAUUUGGGCGAGCAUGAUGAGAAGAAGGGUGGUGGAUCAGUGCCUGGACGAUGAUGAUCCUUCCAAUCCUUGAUUCGACGACAUUGCUUGGCCAAUAAAGAUUGCUUUUUUCUUGAUGUGCAUUUGAUUGUCAAUAGUUAUUUACCUGAUGUUUCAACUGGGAUGGUGCUUGCCAUCUGAAAGCGAGGAAAAGAUUAGAUCA